AUGGAAUCCUUAAAUUUCCACAACAUCAAAUUGGAGAAAGCAAAUGCUAAGUUAAGAUACAAAAAGCGUCAAAGAGUGACAAUGUUCAUCGUUUUCUGCAUAUUUUUCACCAUAAUCUCAAGAUUUUCCAUUCAAUUGCCACUCUCGACAGAUUAUGUCAAGGGAUUUGGUGUCACCCUCAUUAGUCCUCGAUUCGUCUUUGUUCUUGUAAACAUAAUUGUCAUCAUCCUCUUCUUCAAAUCAGGACAUUCAUCUGCCGCGGACAACGUUAAAUUCGAUGAGUACAAGCAAAAAUAUUCGAUAAAUUGUGAACAGAGCAUUUUGGUUGAAGAGACUAAUUGUGAACAGAGCAUUGUAGCAGAAAGGCGAUUAGAAAAGAGAAUUCAUCGUAGUCAUUCGGAAAACUCCUUACGUUUGGCUCAUGAUGAGAAAAAAACUAGAAAAAGAAUGAUGAGGUCAGCUACAGUUGGUUGCUUGAAAAAUAUAGGCACUGACAGUGUAAAACCAGCGAUGACAACAACAACCUCGGAUGGGCUGAGCAGUGUCGAAUUCAGGAAAACUGUUGAGGCAUUUAUUGCAAGACAACAAAGAUUAUUGAAGGAAGAAGAGUUUUCAAUUUCAACAUAA